AUCAAUUCCUUUACCCGUAAUAACUGUUAUAAUUGUUAUCAUUGAUCAAUUCUUCGAGAAGGAUCACUUUUUGACAAUGACUUCAUGUGGUAAAGUAAUCACUAUUUCAUGCAAAGAAGUUAAAUCGAGACUACUUCCAGCCGUGUGCGCGUUCCUAAACAGCGAUGGAGGAAUGAUAAAAAUCAUCGAGACGAAGCAAGAUUUCAGGUCAAUCGAACAGACCAUCAUGCAUAUAAUCACUAAAAGCGAAUACAGUAUUUACGUCGACAUAAAAGAAGCAGAGCAUUUUGAACCUGGUUUUAAAUUUUUAAUACUCGUGAAAAAGAGUAAACGAUUUAUCACGGUUAAUUACAAUCUUUGUAGUCCUUCUGAAAAACAAAUAAAUAAAGUGGAGCCAACAGAUAAUAUUGACGCAAUUAAACAAAUUUUAGGCCGAUCGGCUAUUCUCGAAGACUUCAUAGCGAAAGAUUCGCACUUACGUGAUUUUGUUAUGAAUAAAAGUUGUGGAUUAAAAGAAAGCAAAGUAGUUCAGUUGAAAAAGCUAAAAGUAGAACCGUCCAAUGAAACAAAAAAAGCUCUCACCUUCGCAAAAAGAACGGUGACCGAUAAGAAUAAGUUUUCUAACUAUGUGUCAGGAUUUGCAAACCACCGAGGCGGACAUAUUUAUUUCGGAAUUGACGACAAGGGCAUUGUUACUGGCGAAACGCUGCAAGAGAAAGAUAAAGCCGAUGUUAAAAAAGAGGUGGUCACGGUUAUAGAAAAAAUGAUUUGGACAAAGAACAAGAUAAAACCUCUCAAAGGAACACACUGGGAGAUAUAUUUUGAAAACGUUAUAGACGAACAUGGCGAAGUAAUGAAUUCAACUUACGUUGUAGUGGUUUAUGUUUCAUCUUUUCGCGGCGGGGUUUUCAUUACAGAACCAGAAAGCUAUUAUUUUGAUGACGAAGCUCAAAAGGAGAAAAAAAUGGAUUUUUGUCUAUGGUGUAAUUCAUUUUGGCGUGGAGCGUUUUCCUUGCACAAAGUUUCAAUAGAACCAUCUGAAUUAGGAUAUGUAACUUGGAGCUCAGAAGAGAACAGGAAUUUUUUUAUUAAGCUAAGUGAAAAGCUAGUUGACCACAGAGACGCGGGCGACUAUGACGGUUUUGAGAAAUUGUGCAAACUUGCUGAGACGGAGCAGUUUGAAAAGAGAAAUGCUGGACUGGUUGUGAAAGCUGGGCGCAUCACAAUUGCCUACAAAAGCGGAGACCUUAAACAGGCUAAGUUACUAUUAAAUGAGUUUGAAGAAAGUUUAACCACAUCGAAAGACAGAUUAAUUUUUCAUGUUCGCUUUUGCCUUUCGCAAUCUCUUGUUGCAAGGCGCGAAAAAAACUAUCUAGUUUGCUACGAAAAAGGUAAAGUAGGCUUACAGCUCGGGCAGAAUAUCCCCCCUGGUCUUUGUCUUUUGUGGUUGUAUCUGGAGUGUGCUAUGAAUGCUACAUGCUUGGGCUUUCAAAAUAAAGACAAUAGUAAAAAAUAUGACGAAAUGAAGCAAGAGGCUUUAAUAUACUUAGAAAAUGCUGCAAAAAUUGCAAGUACUCUUAUUCAAGAUAAUAUUCCUUAUAGAAUGACAGACUUUAAGCACAAACUCAGUAUUUAUAAAGCUUGGGUAUUAAUCAAUUACUCAGUGACGGGUGAGGCCGCGGCUAUUGCACCAAAUGAAGAAGACUUAAAAGCUGCGAGUAGAGAAUUACAUUCGGUUGAGUCUAUGGAACGGGAUGGGAAAACCUUAACUGAAUUUCGCAAAAUUGAGCACCUUUUGGUAAAAUGUGACUACUUUACAAGAAAAUCAGAAGUUGUUCAAAAUAAAACGGAGAAAAUGAAGAUAUUACAGAGCGCUGUACUUGAAGCUACCGCAGCUAAAGCUCUGACCGAAAAUAAAUUUGAUAACUUAUUUGAAUAUUCUAAAGAAAGAUGUGUAACUUUAGAAGAAAAACUAAAUCAUUGUAAAGAAAAAACAUGCGGCGAACGAAAAUUUGAAGGCUUGGAAUACUAGCCUCAUAGCAUUAUCUAU